UGCGUCGAUUCCCCUUCUCCGACCUCUUUCUUUGCAGUGGCCAGCUCACCGGAGAACAAAUUCACCAAAGAUGAUCUAACUGCGGCCGUCGGUGCUGCCCGUGAACAGUCGUCCUGCUACGACGUUUCGUGUCCGGGAUCCGGCAGUUACGGUACUUGUCCUGCUGCAUCGUCAUCAUCAUCAUCCGCCCUUGCCGCUUCCGCUGGAACAGAAGUAGCAACUACACAGCCCCCGCACCAGCAACAGCCAAGGCCCCUAACGACUGGGCCCCUUGCUGGUUGCCACCACAAUCCGGCAGCCGCUGCACCGCAACACCACCACCCGCAUCAACACCACCACCAUCACCAUCAUCAUCACCAUCACUGUCACCCAUCGGCCGGGGCAGGAGGUUCAGCAUCUUCAUCGACCUCGUCCUGCCCGGAAUGUUGCUCCUCGUCGUCGGCGCGUAAUGGACAAAUUGGAAAACAAGGCAGCCUAACGAUCGUGAGACGUACCAACAGCCGGAAAAACACGCACAUUCUGCAGCAGCAGCAACACUUUCAGCAGCAGCUGGAGCCACUUGACUCUGAAGCGGCCGCCGAAUACCAACAGCAGAACCGUGACCCGGCGGCGGAAGGAGAACCGCUCUCGGAGGCGGAACUCGCAUACGUCAACAGCCAGCUCAAUCGGGAGCUAGAGGCCAUGCAACCGACGUCGACGUCCGCCGAUUCCCAAACGAUGUCCCCGCCGCCGCCAUUGACGCCGUCGUCCGCGGAUCGAACCGUCGCGCUGAUGAGCCGUGCCGAUACCGUCACCGGGGACGAGCUGGACAACGUUGACUUGGCCACCGACAAUCUACCGGCGGUCGAUACACCAGAUGCAUGUGAUAAAGCCGCAUUGAGACUUCGCUGUCUCCUGCGGCAACUGCAGCGCGGUGAAAUUUCCGCCGAGCUGCUGCAGAAAAACCUUCAUUACGCAGCACGCGUACUUGAAGCCGUUUUUAUCGACGAGACAAAUCAAGAGGAUGUUGGUGGUGGCAAUUCCGGUGGCGGGUGUAAGGUCAAUAACAGUGGUGAUAGUAGUAGUAACAGCGUCGGUGGCGAAAAGGGUGACAACGCAGUCAGCAAUACGGCCAGUAAGGAGGCGCGGAGGGGCACCACGACAUCGGCCCCGCCCACCCACGGUGGCCCCACGGGACCACCGAUCGGCAAAACCGUCAUUCAGAGGCGAAAACUGCGAGCACCGGUCUGGGCCAGGCGAUUGGCCGACGAGGACGAUGAGCUAUCGGAGGUGCAGCCGGAUGCCGUGCCACCGGAAGUGCGGGAGUGGUUGGCGUCGACCUUCACCCGGCAGCUCGCAACGACCCGGAAACGAUCGGACGAGAAGCCUAAAUUCCGGUCGGUGGCGCACGCUAUCCGGGCCGGAAUCUUCGUGGAUCGGAUCUAUCGGCGCAUUUCCAGCACCGCACUGAUGCAGUUCCCCCCGGAGGUCGUGAAGGUGUUGAAGUGUCUGGAUGACUGGUCGUUCGAUGUGUUCGCUCUGGCCGAAGCCGGCAACUGCCAACCGGUCAAGUACCUCGGCUACGAUCUGCUGAACCGAUACGGCACCAUCCACAAGUUCAAGAUUCCGCCGGCCAUGCUGGAAACGUUCCUAUCGCGCAUCGAGGAGGGCUACUGCCGCUUCCGGAAUCCGUACCACAACAACCUGCAUGCCGCCGAUGUCGCACAAACCGUACACCACAUCCUCUGCCAGACGGGGAUGAUGCACUGGCUAACGGAUCUCGAGAUCUUUGCCACGCUGCUAGCGGCCUUAAUCCAUGACUACGAGCACACGGGGACGACCAACAACUUCCACGUGAUGUCCGGAUCGGAUACAGCGAUGCUGUACAACGAUCGGGCCGUGCUGGAGAACCAUCACAUCAGUGCCGCGUUCCGGGUGCUGAAAGAGGACGACUGCAAUGUGCUGCAGAAUCUCUCGAAGGAGGAGUACCGAGAGCUGCGCUCACUGAUUAUUGAUAUGGUCCUGGCGACCGACAUGUCGUUCCACUUUCAGCAGCUGAAAAAUAUGCGCAAUCUAUUGACGCUGGCCGAGCCGCAGGUCGACAAGUCCAAGGCGCUCUCCCUCGUCCUGCACUGUUGUGAUAUUUCCCAUCCGGCCAAACGCUGGGACAUCCAUCACAAGUGGACCAUGCUACUGCUGGAAGAAUUCUUCCGGCAGGGCGACCUCGAGCAGGAACUCGGGCUCCCAUUCAGUCCGCUGUGCGAUCGUAACAACACCCUAGUGGCCGAGUCACAGAUCGGUUUUAUCGAAUUUAUCGUCGAGCCCAGUAUGGCUGUGUGUGCCGAUAUGUUAGAAAUAGUCUUAGCACCGAUAGCACCAAUCGCAAUGAAUAGUAAUAACAAGAACAACAAUAACAAUAAUACUAGUAUUAAAGCAAACAAUACUCUAAGUGUACCGAACAACAACAACAAUAGCAGUAGCAAUGAAGCAAUAACCAACAAUAGUGGCAGUGGUAGCGGAACCGGAAGCGGCUCAGAAACACCGGCAGUAGCAAAUAGCGUCGACAAACCGCCGCAGAAGCCGAAGGCGGACGUCAAGAACGGAGCGAAACCAGACCGGUUCGAGAUCAAGAAACCCUGGAUCACCUGCUUGGCCGAGAACAAAAAGAUCUGGAAGGAGCAGGCUCAGCGGGAUGCCGAAGCCCGGGCAGCAGCAGCAGCCGCUGCAGAAGCUGCCACACUCGCCGAAGCACAGGAAGGUCAACCGGAGAAAGCAUCGGAAGCCGCUAUCGAGGAAGUAACCGACAAGGAGUAGUUCAAUCUAUAGCAAGAUAUCUACAUCACCUUCAGGCAAUACCUAUGCGGUAGUGUACUUUACUAUUCCUACAGAAAAACAAGAAACGACAACUAUUACUACUACAACUACUACAACUACUGCAGCUGCUAUAGCUACAACCAAUCGACUCACACUUUUUUCUAAACGAAAAUCAUUCUAGAUUAAUAAAGCAAAAAAAACUAAAACAUCAAUCAUCAAGUAGCGCAGAAGGAAUUCUACUAUAUAUUAAUAUUGAAAACAAAAAACAAAAUCUAUGCACGAUGAACCCCUCCUAAGAAACAAAGUAAAAAUAAAUGAAGUAGUAACUUUUGAUGGUAUUUUUCUGUGCGCGUUUGCAUCCAACGAGCGGGGACCUUUUCGUGUCGACCGCAUUUCUAUAGCAACAAGUCUAGUGAACGGGGGAAGUCGAGUGAAAACUAUAGCGAGAAGAAAUUGGUAGAAAAGAAUAAAAAAAAACAUAAGAAAAAAUUCAGAACAAAAAAAACUACAGCCACAUAUACAUCUACGAUCAAUGUCAGUAGGAGCAAAGUAAAAACAACUUAAAAGAAAACCAAGAGUCUAAUAGUAAUAAAAUUUAAAACAAAAGUAAACAAUGAGAAACAAAAAGUAUUUACAAUCUCUAUUCAUACAACUGCUACACCCCUCUCUGAUAGACCUACACACACACUUACAUGUAACUCACAUAAAGACACUUUCACAGAAGAAUCUUAUAUAUAUCUUAAUAAAAUUUAAACAAAAUAAACAAAAGAGAACAACAACAAUGAAGAAAAAGAACACAAUCGACACACCUAACUGAUAACUGAUGUAGUAGAAAAUUGUUGAUAAAAGUGACUUCUUCUCGAUUAAGUUUCCUGUUGAUUUUAUUUAUGCGAAAGGAAAAAUAUUUUGAAGCGGCAAAUAGAAGAAAAAACUAUUACAAUCAAUUCAAAUCUAGGGCGAAAAUUGAACAAAUAAACAUUGAAAGCUUCCACUCUUGUGUACUUUGUUUGAUUGAUGCACUCGAACCAUUAUUAAGACCCGAUCUGACAAGCAUCACUCUUCGUUACAAUCAAACUAACUACAACACAGAACCUAUAACAGUAGCGGUGGCAAGAUAGUAUCGAAAUAAACUGAAGGCAAAAAAAACCUUGAGAAAGUUUUCCGUUGAUUUUCAUUUAUUUCACGAGUUGCCCCCUCCUUCUUUUAGAUGUUCGCCCCCCAAAAAAUAAGCAACAAAAACAGCAUCAUCAGAGCUCUGAGAAAAAAAAACCCGGUAGAGAAAGUUUCCUAUGCACAGUUUCCAUGAAAAGGAUAUUUUCAAAGGGCCCAAGAAUGAUGGGAACUGACAAAAGUGGUAGAAAUUAAUUUAAUAUGAAACUAGCAAAUACACUACCUGGAAUUUGCGCCAGGGCUGGGGAGAAAAAUUAUUACUAAUAACAGCAGCUGUGUUUAAUCUGAUCCAUGCUCUGGUACGGACGGGCACCAUCUUCUUCUUAACCCUUUAUCAAGAAUCCAGUGCAGGAUUAAAAGAGAAAAGAAAGCGGGAAAAAUUAGAAACAGAAAGAUCCAUUUACCGCUUUCUGUAAUCGGAUGGAGCGGAAACCCAGAUGGAUUCAGCUUUGAAAAUUUAAUUUAGUCGAAUGAACCUUUCUUUAACAGAUUAUCUGAAUGAAAUAGAAUGUCUUUAAAAAAAUAAUCCGGAGUUAUUCACUUGAAAAAAUUGCUUGUUCUAUUUGAAAAUUCAUAUUUGCGGGCUUCUUAUCAUGGAAAGAGUUGUAUAGAAAAUUUGAAUAUUCGCAAGUGCCGUUCGGAUUGAAAAUGACACCCACAAUGUUCCAAAGAGACUUCAAUCGAGUUUUAUAACAUUCCAGGGGGACUUUUGAAUCCUUAUCGCAUUCGCAUUCGUUGGUAUAAUAAAGAGAAUGGAUCAGAAUAAUCACUGGCUAAAAAAUAAUUAAAGUUUAAUUUUGAAAGGCCUCUUCUGAAAAAAUGGAGAUUAUGCAUCUGAUAAAAUUUCACUGAUCUCCAUCUAAACGACCAAUCUAACGUUUUUUCUCUCAAAGUAAGUACACGGACAUAACGUGUAAUAUUUCUAAGAAGGAAAAAACAACAAUAAAUCUCUACAAAUAAUAUCUCUUAUUCCGCCCCACUUAAAAAAAACUGUGUAUCGACGAAAACAAAUUGUGAACAAUAUUUCUAGGGAACGAUAAAUCAACAAAAACCAGAAGCUGUGCUUUGUGGUGUAAAUACUAGAACAAAUAACUGAAAUUUGAAAACUAAAAAUCUUUCAUUAAGUUUGCUUAAGGGACUAUGUUGAGGAAGAAAAUGUUAAAGCAUAGAUAACACACGUCUAAUGAUCGCGAGAAUCAUUCGAAAUUUAAAACAAAAUAAUAAAAUCUUCUUCUUAUCGAUAAACUAAUCGCUCAGAUCGAACUACCUUCAGUAUCUCUUUUAAGAAAAAAAAAAUGCAAACAUACAAAUGAUUGUAAUCCUGUUGAAGUAUCGAAUUCAUCCGUUUUGCAGAGUUUUCACUUUUUCUAUAUACGGUUUAACAAGCAUGUUUUUACUCUCUAAGACACUAAAUAUGAAAGACCUUUUAACAAGCUACCAACUAAAAAUUAGAAAAAUGACAGACGAUGAUGGUUCAAAACCAUGCCUAGCUUAAUGAGAAAUUUUAAGUCCAAAACACAAUUCUAAAUUGGGUGAAAAAUCCUUCUUCUAUUUUGACUUUGAGAGACUCUUUAACACGAAGAAUUUAAAAUAAACCGCAAUGAAAAUUUAAUUUUACAACCCAAGUCUUUGGAAAAAAAAACGCGAAAGAGAAUCUUCAUAUUCCACUACUUUUUAACUACAUUAAACUGUUCAGCUACAAAGAGCACAAAGUGUGUCUGUGUGUGUUAGUAGAAGCAAGAGGCAAGAUUUGAUUUGCAAUGAAGGAAAACUAGACAGCAAAAAUAACAAAAACAACAAAAGAAAGAACAACAUCAAAAAUCCUUAUAAAAAAAGAGCCGAGGCAAUCCAAGUUGAGUUUUUGUUUUCAAACUAGGUUGACUAUAUGAUAGUACUAUACAAAAAAAACAUAAAAUGAAAUAUAAUUUAUUGACUAUAUGAUAAAACUCUAAACAAUAAAUGAUAAAACGAAUAAAAAAGUAAUACUGCUAGUAUUAAAGCAAA